CCCGCAGCGCACACAUCCAUAGAAGGCAGUGGAGCACUCGGGACCAGUUCCGCGGCGCGCGCACUCGCUCGCUCGCCGCCCCCCAGCCAGCUCUCGCUUCCGCGCCGCCAGCCGCGCCCCGCGCCCUCCUCGCUGCACCCCGCGACCUAGAGCCAAGAAAGUUUGUGCAGCGAGUGAGGGCCGGAGAGGAGAGCGCGCCCGCGGAGUGCCGUCCAGACCAGCGCGGCCCCGGCGCGAGAGGGGAGCGCCCCGAGCCCAGGCGGCGGCGGCUAGCCCGAGUCCGCGACCCCCGCCCCUCCGCCCGCCAUGGGCGCCGCGGCCCGCAGCCUGCCGCUCGCGUUCUGCCUCCUGCUGCUGGGGACGCUGCUCCCCCGGGCCGACGCCUGCAGCUGCUCCCCGGUGCACCCGCAACAGGCGUUUUGCAAUGCAGACAUAGUGAUCAGGGCCAAAGCGGUCAGUAAGAAGGAGGUGGACUCUGGCAACGACAUCUACGGCAACCCCAUCAAGCGGAUUCAGUAUGAGAUCAAGCAGAUAAAGAUGUUCAAGGGACCUGACCAGGACAUAGAGUUUAUCUACACAGCCCCCUCCUCUGCCGUGUGUGGGGUCUCGCUGGACAUUGGAGGAAAGAAGGAGUAUCUCAUUGCAGGGAAGGCCGAGGGGAAUGGCAAUAUGCAUAUCACCCUCUGUGACUUCAUCGUGCCCUGGGACACCCUGAGUGCCACCCAGAAGAAGAGCCUGAACCACAGGUACCAGAUGGGCUGUGAGUGCAAGAUCACACGAUGCCCCAUGAUCCCAUGCUACAUCUCCUCUCCGGACGAGUGCCUCUGGAUGGACUGGGUCACGGAGAAGAACAUCAACGGACACCAGGCCAAGUUCUUCGCCUGCAUCAAGAGAAGCGACGGCUCCUGCGCCUGGUACCGCGGAGCAGCACCCCCCAAGCAGGAGUUUCUGGACAUCGAGGACCCGUAAGCAGGCCACCAGCACUCCUGGGGCCAAUUGACAGUGUCCAAGAGUUCAGACUGGUCCAGCUCCGACAUCCCUUCCUGGAAACAGCAUGAAUAAAAACAGUCAUCCAAGUGGCUUUAA